GUCAAAGUAGCAUCGAAGAAAAAACAAACGAAAUUGUUCACUGCAGAAGUUGUUUUCAUUCGCUCCGGAAAGUUAAAAUCCGGAUUUCCGGCCACAGUAAAAUGUCCAGCCUGGUGCGAAUCAGCAAUGCAUCGUUGGUGCGUAACCUGAUGAACCAUUCGCUUCGCAGUGUUCGGUUGAUUUCCUCAUCGCCGAAGAACCGCGACGCUGCAACACUCGACAUCCCGAAGAAAGCGGCAGCUCCUAGCAGUGCGGCUGCGGCCUCAUCGGUCGGUUCCGGUCGAAACUGGGUGAGCUAUGGUUUUGAUCGGCAUGAUGAAGCCCACGAUCGUAGCGUCACGAAUGCAUCGUUCUUCUUCACCGUCACACUGUGCCUUGUGCUGGGCACUGCCUACUGGGCCUACGUACCGGAUCCACAGCUGCAGGACUGGUCGCAGCGUGAAGCGUACCUAGAGCUGCGUCGUCGGGAAGCGGCUGGUCUGGAACCGAUCAGUAAGGACUUCAUCGAUCCCGCCCAAAUUGUGCUGCCAUCGGACGAAGAGUUGGGCAACACCGAAAUCGUCAUCUAAAGGAAUAGCAUCUACCGGUAACGUGUCGGAGGAGAAUCGCUGGAUUAUGUAAUGGUCCGCCCGACAGCGAUCCGUGAAUGAUUGGAGUUUUGUCUCGUUUGUACAUAACAGCGAAGGAAACGAGAGGGUGCAAACAUUGUAGCAGUGUGUUGUGAAGUUCGGGAAGUAACUAAAUAAUGAAUAAAUAGGGAAAAUCAUGAAAAACGAA